AUGAGCGCCACUAACUCCCGGACGUCUACAAACGACCAUGUUGAACCACGUGAGGCGCCACCGUUUGAUCCAGAAUAUGUCAAGGAGGUCUCCCAAGAACGACAGUCCAUCAGCCAUACUUUUCCCCUGGUCACUGGAACCGGGUACAGCAUUUACAAAUCCACCAUAGUCCCUGCGAUAAAGAGUGCACAGCAAGAGAUUGUUGUCGUCACUUGCUUCUGGGCUCCAUCAGCGACUCGGGACGAACUCGCUGAUGCACUUCGAGAGCUGUCCAAGAAGGCCAUCGCCUCUUCACGCAAGAUAUCCGUACAUAUAUGUUUCUCUUCUUCCUCCAUGGCGCGCAAUAUGCUGUUGCCGACACCCAAAGCCGGACAAGCGUAUCCACCAGCCAGGUGGAAGAAGCUCGGGCUGCCCGGGCCUGAAGAGCUGACAGGCUUGGAUCUCCGAGUCACACGCAAGUUCUUCUGGCCGUUCGGAAUCAUACAUUCGAAGUAUGUCAUUGUCGACCGUGCUUUGGCCAUAAUUCCGUCCUGUAAUGUGUCCUGGGAACGCUGGGCUGAGGUGGCCAUUCCGAUCCGGGGCCCGGUCGUGGAACAUUUAUAUUCCUUCCACUCCGACUUCUGGGACCGUGACAAUGGUCGACCACGGGCUCCUAAAGGCAUGAAUUCUGCUCCUUCAGACCGCACAGCUGGAUCCAGUUACCGUACAGCUCUUACGACCCUUCUUCCUUCGCCUCACACUCCCGCUUUGUUACCGAAUUACCUCCAUGCUCAAUCCCUUGCCGGCCACUGCCCCUGCAUUCCUCCUGUUCCUCCAGCCUUUCCUCCAACACCUCUUUUAACAACCACGCACCAUCUUCUUUCCACUGCCAGAUCCAACAUUACAAUGCUCACGCCAAACCUCACCGAACCAAGUGUGCUAGAAGCUCUCCGAGAAGGCCUAGAGCGGGGAGUAGACGUUCGGAUCUACACGAACCGGAGCCUGAUGACUGUUGAGCAAUUGGUCACAGCCGGCAAUACCACGCCGAGAUGUGUCGAGGCCCUGAAGAAAGGAUCACAAGAACCAGGGAUGAGAGGAACCUUGGACGUUGUCUAUUUCGACGAUGAUGUGCCACAGCAGGUGCCGGAGGACCGUAAGGAAACGAUCCCAGUCAAGUUGCAUGCGAAGGUGACUAUUGUUGAUGAUACGAGGAUAUUACUGGGCAGUGGGAAUAUGGAUGCCGCCAGCUGGAAAACGAGCCAGGAGCUCGGCAUACUGAUUGAGAGAGAGGAGGUAGUGUCGGAGUUCAAGCAGAAGUGGAGCGAUGAAAUCUUCGAGUUAUGA